ACUGUGGUUAUGGUUUGUCGAUGCUAUGGUGGUUCCCCGUCUAAACUCUAAUAAGGUUUUAUCUUUAUGUUUAUUUCAUUAUGCUUUCAUGGCAAUAGCUCACUGUGAAAUUUUAUAUCUUUAUUCUGUGAUUGAUCGUUUCUAUUAAAAAUGAGAAUUAAUCGCCAGAAAAAAGCCAAUAAAUAUCUGAACUUCUACUCUAACAAUUUUGGUUUCCGAAAGCCAUUCCAAGUGCUUAUUGAUGGAACAUUCUGCUAUGCUGCAUUACAGAACAAGGUGAAUAUUCAAGACCAACUAACCAAUUAUCUUGGAGUAGAAAUAAAACUUCUAACCACAAAAUGUGUCAUAAUGGAAACAGAGAAGUUAGGAAAAGCCUUAUUCGGAACAAGUUUGAUAAUCAAACAGUUUUCAGUCCAUCAAUGUGAACACAAGAAAUCAAUUAGUGGUUCGGCUUGUUUUACUUCGAUGAUUGGAGAAAAUAAUCCAAAUAGGUAUAUAAUUGCAACUCAAGAUAGAGAGCUGCAAGAUGUGGUGCGAGAUGUUCCAGGAACUCCUGUUAUGUACUUACAUCAGAAAGCACCCACCUUGGAAGAACCAUCCAAGUUGAGUCUGAAAGUAGCACAACAGAAGGCCAUUCAAAGGUUUUCAGUGACCGAAAUUGACCAGGAAAACAUAAAGAAAAUGAAAGAGGUUGUUUUUGGACCACAAGAAGAGACAGCAAAAAAGAAGAAGAAAAAAGGUGGACCAAAUCCCUUAUCUUGUAAAAAGAAGAAAAAGCAUUCUCCCUAUCAAAAUACCCCCACAACCGGUGAUGGAAAACGCAAACGACAUAGAAUUCGUAUACCUAAACAUGUAAAAGAACUAUUGCAAAGCCAUAGUGGAUAAUAUUACAUUAAAAUAGUUGAUUUAUGUACAAAAUAAUAAUCUUAUUUAUAAUUUAUUG